GAUUACAGGUCUACCAAGUCGUCGCUGACGGGUCCUCGUCUUCUUGACUUGGGACAAGUUUGUAUGCUACCCAGAAGAGAAGCACGUGACAUCAGCGGCGAAGUUUCCUCCCACCUCACUCGGAAGGUCUACAUCAAACCAUGGUACUCCAUUAGAAUAGUCAUGCUGGCCUCGCAAAAUCUUCGAGCACACCGUCCAGUAGAGGAUCAUACCUGAGUUAGGAUUUGUUGCCAUGUCUUCCUACUCUUUGUUAUCAUCCAAUUCUUGGGACAAUGAUUGGCCUGAUGACAUGCUAUUCGAGAUCACCGACUACCUGGCCCUCAAUGAAGAGCUCGGCGAUGUAAACCUGGCGCCACCUCCCUCUUGUCAGCAGAGUCCUUCCCCCCUGCAAGCAAAUGGCAGUGGCGACAACAAAACCAACACCAGCGACCGUGACGAAAAUAAGAAUGUUGUGGAUACCACUUCGAAGGGGAGAACUGCCAGAAUAGCAUUCAAAACAAAAUCAGAGCUUGACAUAUUGGAUGACGGAUACAAGUGGAGGAAGUACGGAAAGAAGACGGUAAAGAACAGCCCAAAUCCAAGGAAUUAUUAUCGAUGCUCAAGUGAAGGAUGCAAGGUCAAGAAGAGAGUGGAGAGAGAGCGUGAAGACUCAAGCUAUGUGAUAACCACCUAUGAGGGUGUCCAUAAUCACCAUGCUCCCUCACCUGCAUCAUCUCGAUUUCAAGCACCUGAUACACCUCAAUUCCAUAUUUUCUCUUUAUGAUAAAUAUCUGUAAUGAGAAUCAAUAGAGUGCUUUGAUGCCUGUCAAGGUACCGAGAUGUAUAUUUUUACAACUUAACAGGUGUCACUGCAUAGCAAUCCCACAUUAGAUCAUUAGUUCUUUUUUGAGUAAAUCCAUUGCAAGAUAUGUUUAACUUCGACAAUGAGAAUAAUAGAAAAAACAAUGCAUAGGUCAUGAACUAAGGGAGACAUUAUGCUUUUUAGAUAUCAAAUAAAGAUAUGUACUGGAGACUCACAGCCGAUUAAGAAAGUGUGCUGUCUAUGUACUAAACCAAUCAAAAGAACUGAUAGUUUUCAUCUAAAACAUGCACACAAGUAUUUGAUAGUCAUUUUUGCAUCAAGUGCUGUUGCUUCAACAUUAUUUUAAAUCCUAGUGCGCACCUCUUCAAAAUAAAGGCAGUAUCUGGGAUUUUGGGGAUUGGAUAUUGAAAAAUAUGGGGGCACAAGUUUAUGAUUUUUGGGUUGGAGC